CACAGCCAUGAAUAUGCCUCAAACACUUCCUAUGCAAAUAAACCACAGAGUCUUUCUUGUAUUGCAAUUGCUGAAGAUGGUGAUUUCUGGAGAACAGUGGAAGAGUGUGUGGCCAUCUCUGAGCCUUUUUUGAAAGUAUUGAGGGAAGUAUCGGAAGGGAAACCGACUGUAGGUUCAAUAUAUGAACUAAUGACCAGGGCCAAAGAAUCAAUCAGGACAUAUUACAUAAUGGAUGAGAAUAAGUGUAAGACAUUCUUAGAUAUAGUAGAUAAGAAAUGGCGAGACCAACUCCAUUCACCUUUACAUGCAGCUGCUGCCUUUUUGAACCCUGGUAUCCAAUACAAUCCUGAAACAAAGUUUAUUUCUUCUAUAAAAGAAGACUUCUUCAAUGUUCUGGAGAAAUUGCUUCCUGUACCAGAUAUGAGGCGUGACAUCACCAAUCAAAUCUAUACUUUUUCAAAGGCACAUGGGAUGUUUGGCUGCAGCCUAGCAAAGGAGGCAAGGAAUACAGUUGCACCAUGGCUUUGGUGGGAGCAGUAUGGUGACUCUGCUCCAAUAUUGCAACGAGUUGCCAUCAGAAUAUUAAGUCAAGUUUGUAGUACCUUCUCAUUUCACAGACAGUGGAGUACCUUUCGUCAAAUUCACUCUGAAAAGCGGAACAAGAUUGACAGAGAAACAUUGAAUGACCUUGUUUAUAUUAACUACAAUCUCAAGUUAGCUAGACAGAUGAAUGCAAAGUCUUCAGAAGUUGAUCUGCUUCAGUUUGAUGAUAUUGACAUGACUUCUGAGUGGGUGGAGGAGAAUGAAACUGCAAGUCCAACACAGUGGUUGGAUCGUUUUGGUCCAGCCUUGGAUGGCAAUGAUUUGAAUACAAGACAGUUUGGUUCUUCAAUAUUUGGUGCAAAUGAUCCCAUAUUUGGAUUGUAAUUUGUAUCUCAUCAAUUCUCAUGUAUCAUAGCAAGUGUCCUUUCUAGUUCUAGAUCGUGUUCGGCCUUGAUGAUGUAGGUCUCAGUUUUCCUUGUAGGAAUGUAUUUGUAAGUGAUGUAAAGUCAGGACUAUUUUAUUUGUCUCCCUUUCUCUACUCUCAUGAAGUGCAUGUGGGAGCAUAGGAUUAUUGAUUAUGUGUUGUAAUUUUGUUGUAUUUGAAUAUAGAAAUUCAACAGUUUUCACAUUUGAUGUAGGAUUAUUUUGAACAUAGAAAUUCAACAGUUUUUCUGUAUAAAGAUAAAUCAUUUACUGUUUCCAA